AUGGAGAAGACAGGGCCGGCGGAGGCGAGCGAAUGCCAUGGGGAAAUGGAUAAUAAGGUCGCAUCUACAACGGUUCAAGCGCCCCGCGACAAUGAAGCCCGACCGGCAGCCUUUUCAUCCACCAUUCAAGAGAUCCUGUUCGUCGCUGUUGCGACCAUGGCCAUUGCCAUGUCGUCCCUCCUCACUGGGACCAUCACGGUGCUCACGUCCCAAGUUCAGAGGGACCUGAACAUGACCACCGCGGAGCUGACGUGGCUGACCAGUUCCUCCUCUCUGGCUUCCGGCUCCUUUCUCCUUUUCUUCGGUCGGUUGGCGGACCUCUUUGGCCGCAAAGCGCUUUUCAUCGGUGGCAUGGCUUUUUUUGCCGUCUUCGCCCUGGCUGCCGGGUUUUCCAAAACGCCCAUGCAAGUCGACAUUCUCAACGGUGUCAUGGGCCUGAUGUCGGCUUCGUCUGUCCCGCCCGCGCAGGGGAUGCUAGCCAACAUCUACCAGAAACCAUCGAAAAGAAAGAACAGGGUCUUUGCCUGUUUCAGCGCCGGGAACCCCUUGGGCUUCGUCUUCGGUAGUAUAUUUUCCGGUAUUGCUACGCAGCUGUUCAACUGGAGAGCCAGCUUCUUCUUACUGGCCAUCAUUUACGUCGUCAUUGUAGCGAUUGCGCUGUUCACCGUCCCAGCAGAUAAUACACCCACGGAGAAAAUGUCCAUCGAGGCCGUCAAGAGGUUCGACGUGGUGGGUACCAUCUUGACCGUCGCCGGUAUUGGCUUGUUUUCUGCUGCGCUGAGUCUUGGCUCGGACGCUCCUCAAGGUUGGAAGACUCCGUACGUCCUCGUCUGCCUCAUCCUAGGUGUCGUCCUCAUUGUUGCCUUCGUCUUCUGGGAGUGCUGGUAUUCAUACCCCCUCAUCCCCAUGUCCAUCUGGCGCGAUCGUGACUUCUCGCUGAUUAAGCAAUACUCCGCCCUUCCCGUCGCCGUGCACAUGCUGCCCAUGGCGAUCAUGGGCAUCAUCGUCAACAUCAUCGCAGGACUUAUCAUGCACCGCGUGUCCAAUACCCUCCUUAUGCUCCUUGGUGCCACUUCGUAUGUCGGAUCCUUCCUCCUGAUGGGUCUUCAACACUCGGACAGUAGUUACUGGGCUUUCAUCUUCCCGGGCUUGCUUCUCGCGGUGAUCGGCGCCGACUUCGAAUUCUGCGUGGCGAACAUGUACGUCAUGAGUUCUCUGCCGCCAGAACAGCAGAGUAUCGCAGGAGGGAUUUUCCAGACGGUGACAAAGCUAUGUGUGGCCAUCGGUAUGGGGAUCAGUACCGCCAUCUUUGAUGCGGUUCAGGCGAGAGGAACGGCGACAAGCGGGUAUUUUAAAAAUGACCCGAUCGAGCCGUAUAGUGCGACAUUCCUGUACUGCGCAGGGAUUGCCGCUCUUGGUAUUCCACUGUGUGCAUUUCUAAGAAUUGGCGCACAGGGUCACGGUGGGGAUGCAAAGAAGGGGACGGAUGAUGAGAAGGUCUGA